AUGCCGGCCAAACGCAUCGCGAUUGUGACCAGCAGCACCCGCCGCCCCCGCCUCAACCCAACCAUCACCCAUUAUAUCUAUGACGUUCUCCUCGCGGACCCAACGAUUCCAACAAAUCACCACCCCGCAACAUCGACAGACUCCUCAAACUCAACCGACACAGACCCCAGGCAUGUCAUCUUCGAAAUCCUCGACUUAUCAACGCAAUCCCUCCCCCUCUACGACGAAUCCGUAAUCCCCGCCAGCCUCCCAACAAGCAACCCAGCACCGCACUACAGCAAAGCACACACACGCGCCUGGUCCAACACAGUGCAGAAAUAUGACGCCUUCAUCUUUGUCACACCACAAUACAACUGGAGUAUCCCCGCAAGCCUGAAGAACGCGCUCGACUACCUCUUUCACGAAUGGAAGGGGAAGCCCGCCGGGAUCGUGACGUAUGGCUCGCGCGGCGGCGUUAAGGCCGCGGAGCAUUUAAGGGGGAUUUUGACGGGGUUGAGGAUGAGGGUUGUUGGGACGGCGCCUGGGUUGCCGGUUAAGUAUACUGGUUUGCCUGUGGGUAUGCUUUCUGAGGAGGAGGAACGGGUUGAGUUGGAUAAGAGAGAUUUGCAGGGGUGGAGGGAGGCUGGGGUUGAGGGGAUGAUGAGGAAUUUGGGGAUGGAGUUGGUUUGUGAGUUGGAUAAGGGAGUGUCGCAAUAG